CUGGAGGAGAGACUGUAGUAGACAGCUCUGUAAUAAGCAGUAUGAAUAGCCAGACAAAAGUGAUGACCCUCUCUUUGGCAGAAGGUUUUGCGAAGCGGGCAGGAUUCUUCUCAUAUGUCUUCACGUUUUCGAUGAAGAAGUCCCGUUUCGGGGUCGAACGACUUCGAGCACGACCAGAAACACAGACUCCGAAAUGGGCAAUACUGUGCAAGGACUGGAAAUGGCCGAUUGGACGGCGCUUUUCUCGAUUGCGGGUGAUCGACUCGGUCUCGUACAACGAGACCCUCGCCGUCGUAUAACCUCGUACACCGUGAUGCUCCCUGGAAUCGUUAUUGCGGACCCCGAUGUUGCAGAUGAUGUUCUCGCUCGGCGAAAGGACUUCAUCAAGCGCAAGUCGAUGUUCAGGGCCUUAGAGCUGUUCGGUCCCAACGUAGACACCCUAAAUGGAGAAGCUUGGCAACGACAUCGUCGCCUCACAACUCCGCCAUUCAAUGAGCGAAACAGCAGUCUUGUCUGGCGGGAAUCCAUCAUCCAAGCGAACGGUAUGAUUGAAUCUUGGAUGUCGAAGGGGCGGGAUGGUGUCAUUGGAACUACCGGCGAUACGAUGACACUGGCGCUUCACGUUCUCUCAGCUGCUGGAUUUGGGAAAUCAUACGCUUUCGAGGGAGGCGUGUCGAAACUCAGUUGCGAUCAUAAGUUAUCCUAUAAGGAUUCCUUGCGGAUCAUUAUCAGCAAUAUCUUCGUCUCGUAUAUGGUUAAGUCGAAGCAAGUGCCUUCGUACCUCCCCAAGAGCACGGUUGAGGAAGUUGAUAUUGCUUUGAUUGAAUUCGAACAAUAUAUGGAGGAGAUGAUUGAUGAAGAGAAAGCGAAACUCGGCAGUUCUCCAGCGAAUGAUAAGUUGAUGAGUGUACUGGUUCAUGCGUCUGACUCCGAGAAUCGAGGAGAUGAGAGGGGUGGUUUGACAAAGGAUGAGAUGCUGGGUAAUCUCUUCAUUUACAAUGUAGCAGGCCAUGAUACGACGGCGAACACAAUCGGAUAUGCCGUAUACCUCAUGGCCUCUGAAUCACACUGGCAGACAUGGAUACGAGAAGAGCUUGACUUUGUUUUCGGUGGAAAGAGCGGUGUUGAAGAAGACGAUUAUGAGAAUGCUUUCCCAAAGCUCAAAAGAUGCCUGGCAGUCAUGUACGAAACUCUCCGUCUCUAUGGUCCAGUAGUCAUCAUCCCAAAAACCACAGGAUCCACUUCCAAAACAAUCGACUACAAUGGCAAAACAUACACCCUUCCAGCCAAAGCAACUAUCCUCGUUAAUGUCACAGCUCUCAACACUUGUUCAGACUAUUGGGGACCUGACGCUCUGACUUGGAGACCCGAUCGCUGGAUCGAGACAAAAGGUAACUCCACGGGUAUCCAAGACGAAGGGAUUAUGCAGCCGCCAAAAGGAAGAUUCAUUCCUUGGGCAUCGGGACCACGGGUUUGCCCUGGGAAGAAGUUUGCGCAGGUUGAGUUUGUGGCUGUUAUGGCGAGACUGUUUCGGAAGCAUCGUGCUGGCGUAGUGGUGGAAGAUGGGGAGUUGGAAGGUGAAGUGAAGAGGAGAGUCUUUGAUACGGUUGAGGAUUCGAAGUUGGGGAUGACUUUGAGGAUGAAUCAUCCGGAGAGAGUGAAGUUGGUUUGGGAGGAGGGGUGA